AUGUUAACUCUUAUUGUUGAAGAUAUACAAAAAGAGGAUACGUUUAUGAGGGAUAGUAUUAGUCCAAGAAAUAGGUUGGAAGUUACCUUACGCUUUUUAGCCACUGGGAUGUAUUCUACUCGCAUUCAUGAAUCGACAAUUUCUAAAUUUAUACCUGAGGUCUGUCGUGCUAUAUAUAAUCACUUGAAAGGAGAAUAUCUUGAGAUACCUACUACACCAGAGGCAUGGAAAACUAUUGCCGAUAAUUACUACCAGCUAUGGCAAUUUCCAAACUGUCUUGGGGCCCUCGAUGGUAGACACAUAAAAUUUUGUGCACCAAUAUCAUCGGGAUCAUUUUAUUAUAACUAUAAAGGUACAAACUCUAUUGUUUUAUUGGGCUUAGCUGGUGCAAAUUACAAGUUUAUUUAUGUUAACGUGGGUGUAAAUGGAAGAGUUAGUGAUGGUGGUGUAUUUCGAGAAAGUAAGUUUUCUAAAGUUUUACAAAACAACAACCUUAAUUUCCCAGAAGAUGAAGUUCUUCCAGGAAACGGCUCAGAAAAACUCCCUUAUGUAAUCAUUGCCGAUGAUGCUUUCCCACUUUCUACUAGGUUAAGCAGAGCACGGAGGAUGAUUGAAAGUACAUUUGGUAUAUUAGUUAAUCGUUUUCGUGUAUUACGUAAUCCUAUAUGUCUUAAUGUAGAAAAGUUUAACUAA